ACGGUGACAGGGAGGGGAGGGCGCGCCUGGCACUGAGGCAUUGUGGGAGUUACCGAGCCUGAUACAUAAGGACAGUCCUGGACAACUCCCGACAAGUGCGCAGCUUACCUCAGCGACCGCCGGGUGUGCUCCGAGAAACCUCCAGGACCUUCCACAGCACUAUCCAAGGAUGAAGCUGAUUCUGCUGGCUCUAGUUUUCUCCUUCUUAGGGGUGAGCAGCAAUGUCUCUGCUCUGAGGUCUCGUACAAAACGUGAGCUGGCUCCAGGGCUGCACACCCUUGGCAUAAGAGACGCAGCGGGUUCAUAUUGCCAGCAGAGAGAUUCUUGUUGCCCAGGCAGAGAUGACGCCUGCACUGUGCCAUACUUGGAUACUAUCUGCUACUGUGAUCUCUUCUGCAACAGAACUGUGUCAGAUUGCUGUCCUGACUUCUGGGGCUUCUGCUUGGGUAUUAGCCCCCCAGUAAACUUCGACAGAGUAUGUAUCAAGCAUGGCAAGAACUAUCCAAAUGGAGCAACUUAUCAAGAAAAUUGCAAUAGAUGCACGUGCACUCCUGAUGGUAACUGGCGCUGUGAGCAGAACUCCUGCCUUAUAAACAUGAGAAUCAUUGAUGCUGUCAAUCAAGGCUCCUAUGGAUGGAAAGCUGGUAAUUAUAGUCAGUUUUGGGGUAUGACCCUGGAAGAAGGAAUCCAAUAUCGACUUGGAACCACAAAGCCACCUCCAUCUGUUAUGAACAUGAAUGAGCUCCAUGUGAACAUGAACAGUGAUGUGCUGCCUACUUUCUUCAACGCUGCUGACAAGUGGCCAGGAAUGAUCCAUGAGCCACUUGAUCAAGGCAACUGUGCUGGCUCCUGGGCUUUCUCAACAGCAGCUGUUGCAUCUGAUAGGCUAUCCAUUCAGUCUAUGGGCCACAUGACCCCUGCUCUGUCCCCUCAGAAUCUCCUUUCAUGUGACACAAAAAAUCAGCAUGGAUGUCGAGGAGGACGUGUGGAUGGUGCAUGGUGGUAUCUAAGAAGGAGAGGGAUUGUGACAGAAGAUUGUUAUCCAUUUGUGGGUCAAAAUACAAAUGGACCUCUUCCCACCUGCAUGAUGCAUAGCCGUUCCACGGGGCGUGGAAAAAGACAAGCCACCAACAGCUGCCCAAACCCAUAUGCAUCCUCCAAUGAGAUCUACCAGUCUACACCUGCCUACCGCUUGGCAUCCAGUGAAAAAGAGAUAAUGAAGGAGAUAUUUGAGAACGGUCCAGUGCAGGCCAUAAUGGAAGUGCAUGAAGACUUCUUUGUGUACAAAAGCGGUAUCUAUAGACACACACCAGUGAUGGCUGGAGAAUCUGAGCGAUACCGUCGUCAUGGUACACAUUCAGUUAGAGUCAUUGGGUGGGGAGAAGAGACGGCUCCAAAUGGACAUGUACAGAAAUACUGGCUGGCAGCUAAUUCCUGGGGCAAGGACUGGGGAGAGAAUGGCUAUUUCCGUAUCGCUCGUGGUGAAAAUGAGUGUGAAAUUGAAACGUUUGUGGUUGGAGUGUGGGGAAGAGUCAGCAUGGAAGAUGUUUCACACAAGAAAUAAGAGAACUGGCAAAACCGCAAGACAUUGUGAAAUUAUAACAAGCAGACGGUGGGGUGUAUAACUCUUUACCUCUAGAUAUUUCCACAGCCAAUAAGUGGAUGUCCUAGGUGGUUGGGUGUGUAUUCAACAAAGAAGGGGAUGUAUUAUCAGGUUGAUGUGAAUAAUUCAAUUUCAGGGCAUGUUACAACACGAGUCUUCUAAAGAAGCCGUUUCCCCCCAGUAGUCACAGUGUAUGAUCACUGAAGAUAUAACAUCCUAGCAGUAUAUCACUGCUUCAUUUCUAGAUUGGCCAGUCAAGCAGUAGACCACCACCGCCAACACAUCCCCUAUACACGUGAGGUAUAUCAACUUGAGAAGCACCUUCCCCAUUUGUAUUAUUUCCUGCUGUUCUACUUGAAUUCACCACAUCGAUUUCCUCAUUUUACUAUAGAUAAAUGAAAGCAUUGCCACAAGUCAGGCCAGGGACAGGAUACUGUAGAGGUCCUUAGUGUAAUUAAACUGAGCCUGUGGUGCUGACACAGGGGAGAUUCACAGCCUGUGGCUUUAGAGGGGAUAACAGUGCACAUAAUCCUAUAAUCUCUACAGGGAUCAAAGGAGCAUUGUUUGGGGCUAUAUACGAGGGGCACGUAGUCCUGUGAACCUGUCAUACACAGACAUUCCCCACCAUAGUGCCAAAAACUGCGGGAGGAUUGGGGCUUCCAUCUAGAAGUCAGUCCCACCUAGGACCAAAGUGCACAGCAUACUUUAUGGAAUGACGCUGAAUAAAAUAAAGCCUGAAGAUCUGCUGAGUAGUCACCUAUGUCAGAUAUCAGCUGAUCUCUAAUGCUUGGUCACCAGUAUCAUAUCAGCCUCACGCAGCUUUUCUGCCAUUCCAUUAACCCCAAGAGCUCACUUUUAUUACAAACCUAAAUUGUAAUGUAUAAAAACCUGAAAUGUGAAAUAUAUUUAGCUAUUUAUUAAAUUGUUUCUAUAUAUAUUGUUUCUAUCAUUUAUAUACCCUACCAUACAAUUGGAUUUCUAUGAUGUAUUAGAAAAUGAUACAUUAAGACAUUUUCAACAUUCCAGUUUGAAUAAAAAAAUUGUUUUUGCACCAAACCUG